CGCAAGCCGCUUGGGGCCCGAACUCCAUGCCGCUGUGUCUGGCGCUGCACGAUCUCGCGAGCGAAGCCGCCCGGAUCGACGACCGGAACCCUCGGUUCUGUGCGCAGCCGUUGGUCAUGAAAAGAAGUUCGACAGAUAUUUUGUGCGGCGGUGCUGGUGGUGGUGGAGGUGGUGGAAGUGGGUACUAUGCUGACCACCAACAGGAUCCUUUUCUCCACUACCGGAGGAGCUCGAACAAAGACAAAGCGAGUUCGUCUCGUCGCGGCAGCAGCAGCGCCCGACAUUCGAUCAACGCCAUGGGAGGUGGGGCAGGACCAGGUCAAAACGCGACCUUUGCCGGCGCGGGCGGAAGUGGUGGCGGUGGCACCUCCUCAUCCAGGGGUGGAGGCACAAGAACUUCUGAUGUUGAGCAUGGAAAUAAAGCCGCGGCAGCGGGGCCGCCACAUCAAGAUGAAGACUCUGUGAUUCACAGAGGCCUAGAAGAAGAUUUGCAAGCGUUUUUCCCGGGUAUAAAGCUCUUCAAGGACAAAGAAAAUUAUCCUGAGGAAGACGACUUCGACUCACCAUCCACCGCAGGCCAUCUUCAUCUCAAUGAUCUUGAUGUUGACAAAAGCAAAAAUGCAAGACCUACUCGUACUCCGCAAUAUGAUGGUGAUACCAGCAACGACGUAAGAACCGCGGGUUUAGCAACGUCCUCUCAGCACCAGCCGAAUCAAAAAACAAGACACCCGCUCUCUCGCCAGCAAUCCGGGCUGCAGGUGCACACGGCCAACUCGAGCCGGAAACCCAGCGUGACGCUCCAGCAGGGCUUGGGAUUCCUGUUGCCACAGCGACGCCCGAGCAACGCGUGGCUUUUGAACAAAGCAAUGAUGAUGGGAACAAUGCAUAAUGAGGGUCUGCUCGUCGUACAACCUGGUGGUGGAUUAGGUCAGCAACCAGGCAGCUCCUCCUUUCUCAGCCUCGGAAAUUAUUAUAGCAGUGGCGCCAACGGCAACGCGGCGAUGUCCUCUGUCUACAAAGACCUCCCACGCAGCACCUACGGGCCGACGACGAGGCAAGGGCGGAGCAAUGUCUUCAGCGGUUUUGGUCCUUUCAACUCAAGCUGCAUGGUAUGCAUUGCAAAAGUAUCGUACUACGCAUAUAUUGCAUCACAAAUUUUUUCAAGAGAAAAAAUGCAACUUGUAAUGCUAUUUCACCUAAAAAUUGGGAUAUUUGUCAUGCACGAUAGCAAUUACAACGAGCGCGAUACAACUUUUGCAGUGGAUACAUGGCAAGCUCCACCGUCCACCCGUAUGCCGCCAGUGGGAUCGUGUGUGGACUGAACGUAUCCUGUGCAAAAGUAUCGCACUCGUAGUAAAUAAUUGCGUUUUUGCAUUACAAAUUUCUUUCUCAAGGCAAAUCAGCAUUUACAAAUUCCAUUUGUAAUGCUGAGGAAUUUUGAUGUAAUGCGAUUUCUACUAGUACGAUCAACAUGCUUUUGCAUUUCAUAGAACGGCUACGGCUCGGGUAGCUGCACGACAAAUUUGCUGUCCGCCUGUAACGGAACAACGUACUAUCCACCCGCGGGCCACUGUCCGGGCGGGGGUGGUCUGUUUGGAGGAAAGAGCAGCAACGGAAUGAUGAACGACUUCUACACGCUAUUGUGAGGAAAAAUCCCCCCUCCCCAUACCAAAAAAGGGCACUACUGAAAAUUUGUGAUGCUGAUUUGUGACCACAAGUCGUCCAUGUAUUGCAAGAGGGCAAAGACAGAGAAUCAGCCGCGUUUGGCAGGCUCUUUGUAAUGCUGUAGUAUCGCCUACAGAGGAUAUGCCUGCCUUGCUAGGCGCCUACAGAAAAACGCCCCUGCUCAGGCCCUGCAUCUGCCUGCAGUCCUCUACUGCUAGACAGAUUGGAUUUGUGUACACAAAUCCCGCAUCACAGAUUACCGUUUUGAUAUGUGGAGGGGAAAUUUUUCACUUUGAUACACGCUCCUCAACCUCCCGCGCCUGUCCCUGUUCGUCGGCUUGAGUUACGAAACAAAAAAACUGCGCCAGUGGACUUAGGUUUCUUCGGGUGACAGCAUGACAAAUUUGUUCUGCAUGACACAGAAGUCCUGUCAUGCAGAAUUAGUAUGGGAUGGAAAACACCUGUACAAUAGGAGUUCAUGGCUGGCUGGCAUGACAAGUGUAACAGUGUUGCAUGCUUUCUUGCAUGACAGACUUACACUUUCGCGGUUUUUCUUCUUGCAUAUGAGUGAGGCUCCGUUCAUUCUGAAAAUCUGCCCGCCGAAAAAAUGGUACACGGAGAACGACAAACAAUUUCCGCGGUUUCACGCCAUCGCCGUGGACAGUAGACGGUGUCUCCUCAGUGAUGCGUCCUCGCAUCAGGUGUUUGUCAUCAACCACGAGCGGCAGACGAAAGACCGGAUCGCGGGAUGCGGAAAAUGCGGAUUUCUAUGGAGUUCUCAAAUGUUAUAUUCUCAACUGUUACAUGAUUUGAAUUUGUCAUGCAGAGCCACGAUUAUCAUCUGCACGAUCAAGCUGCUCAGCAUGACAAAUUCUGGAAGGGCCAAACAGGCUGACAAUCUGUGCCAAAUCUGUCAUGCAAGACGCGCAAUACCCCCCCUUUCACAUUUUCCAUUGUUGCAUCACAAAUCCAUGGAACAGUUGAAGAGAAUGUAACAUUUGAGAACGCCAUAAUUUCUGGACGGUCCGUUGGACAUCUGCAGGCUGAACCAGCCGCUCGGGCUGGCUUUGGACAGUACCGUAUGACAAUGCACAACUCCGACUCCCCCCCCUCAUUUGAAUUUGUAGCGCAAUUCUAGCAACAGAAACCACCUCAAAAAUGCAGUCUCUGCAUAACAAAUCCACGCACAGAGCAUAGUGCAGUUUGGGCUUCCAGAACUUGUCAUGCAAGGACAGCCAAAAGGCUCAGACAGGAUUUGACAUUUUUGCAUUACAAAUGAGGGGGAGGGGGAGUUGUGCACUCUCAUAUGCCAAUGGGUUCAUUUACAUCGCGGACAGCGGAAACCACAGGAUAAGGUGUGUCAACUUGUCCACUGGUUUUUUGACCACCAUUGUCGGAAACGGGAACCGAGGGUGCGGAAGAAAUUCGUUGGACACACCCUACGAAGUGCAGUUCUGCCCGCCUCAUUUUUUGCUGAUAACCUGUGUAGACAACUCGGUCCGGAUAUCCACAAAAAAAAACUACACGCAUCCAAUUUCAUGUCACGCAAAAAAUGCAUCAGAUUCAUCAGUUUUUGUCUUUGUCAUGCAAAAAAUAGAUCGACAUCUUCGGAAUGGGUUUCCUUUUUGUGGAUAGCGGACGUUUGAUUUGAAGUUGAAGUGUCUCAACACGAUUCUGAUCGGGAGUUGACGUAGGGGAUAGCGACUUUGACAAAAACUCUUCAUCGCGUAUGUGAUACUAGGAUUAGGAAAUGGAACUAAAACAAAGUAAAACAAGUUUUGUUAAAAAAUAAAAAAAAUUAGAUUGCCUGAAAAAUAAGGGCUACUUACAAGUACAACUGCACGAGAAAUAUGGUAUUUAUAGAUGGAGCCGAUAAAGAUGAAGUUUUUAAAUUUGAAUCCGUGGCAGUACUUAGCAUGAUUCUUGCCUGCAUUUGCUGCUUGAAAAAAGUAGUCUAGGUGGUUAUGCUCGUGCUGCUAGCGCCUGGUAAUUUUACGUCGUCGUGUACAUCAAGUAAAAACGAUGAAAAGAGUGAGAAGAUGUUGAAUUCAAGUGAAAGUAGAACUGAUAGAUGAAGAAAAUGAAGUUCUUUUGUCAACACCCUCCCUCGUAGUGAACAUCAAGCUCAAGGGCGUGGUGCAGACUGAGUGACUUCCAUCUCAAGUUGAAGAUGCCGCUUAAGUAGUGUGUUCCUCAUCUUCUAG